UGCGCGCUCUGGGCACGGAGGUGGAGGCGGAGGCGGGGGUCUCUCUCUCUCGCUCUCUCUCUAUCGGUUCAGCCAUUUAAAUAACAACCCGUGCAACUGGUCAGGGGUACUGACACCAAGACGCCCCGCUUGGAUCGGAACAUUUCUCGUCUUUUUCAAGAGGAGCGCCUCACCGGGAUGUCGAGCCUCCUGGAGAACCCUCUGCAGGCGGUGCUCUAUCUUAAGGAGCUCACCGCCAUCGUGCAGAACCAACAGAGUCUGAUCCAAACCCAGCGAUACCGGAUAGACAUACUCGAGCGCCGGCUGGAGGAUUUAGCGGUUGAGAAUCGGCAGCUGCGGGACUCCAGCAGCCAUCACCGGCACCCUCCACGCUAUCAUCCGCCUCCGCCCCCCCGGACCUCCAGCCUGCCCCGAACCAGCAGAGCCGGGACACCCCCGGUCCAAACCCAGCAGCAGCAGCAGCAGCAUCCUUCCCCCCUGGACAUGCAGCUCGUUCCCGCGGGACCCAGCAAUGCCAGUCCGGACUCUGCUGAUGAAGAUGAUAAUGAUGCUCAGGACCCCUGCUGUCGCUCCCUGGUCCCACAGACACCUGCCACCUUGUGCCGAGCUGUGGGACUCCCACGGGCAUCUGAGAGCCAGACCGUCCUGCACCAGUUCUGCUGUCCUGCACCAGAGGCCCCAGAGGGAGACUCCCUAACCUGCUCCAGCUCGAUUCCUGCUGCAGGAGAAGAACAGAAAGAUGAGAAAAAAGACGCUCAGCAUGACGCGCCACCCUGCUCACAUCCUCCAGAAUAUGAGCUCUCUCCUGAUCUCAAACAAAAACAGAUAGAGGAACUGGAGCAGAAGUACGGUGGUCCUCUGAUUUCCCGGCGAGCAGCCUGUAAGAUCCAGACAGCGUUUCGUCAGUACCAGCUCAGUAAGAACUUCCAGAAGAUCCGGAACUCCGUUCUGGAGAGUGGGAUCCCGCGGCGCAUGUCUGUGCGCAGGGUCCGGGUACAGAGGGACGGGUUCUCCGCUGAACGGGCGCUGAUGGAGGGAUGUUCACUCAUGGGCAUCCCGCUCACACACUCCGCCUCGCUGCCGGUGGCCACUACAACCACACUCACACACCUGGAGGACACAUUCACUGAACAGGUCCAGUCAUUAGCGCGGUCUAUUGACGAGGCUUUGAGCAGCUGGAGUUCUGUUCGAGACGGAGAAGGAGAGAAGUCCACUGCGGCCCCUCCCUCUGGAUCCCAUUCCGAGGGGCUCCUGAUGGACACCGCUGGCCUACAGGAUGCCUCGCAGAGCUGCUGUGGGGAGAACAUACCCCGCAGCGCCAGUAAACUCAUGAUGGCUUUCAGGGACGUGACUGUUCAAAUCGACAACCACAACUUUCGCCUCUCCUCUUCAAUGCUGGAGUCAGUUUCUCUUGGUAACGGCGUAGUCAAGGAGACCAGCUCAGAACCCCAAAUGGGGGGACAGAAAGCAGGCCAGUCGGCAUCGAUGGCUACGGCAGAGCCUGAGUUUCCAGCUCCGCCACCCAGUGAGGAAGAGAAAGAGAACCAACAGCCAACCAGAAUGGACGAAUUGACAGCAGGGGCAGGACUGGAUGGGAAACGGACCAAUCAAAUUGCACCAGAAACGGCGGAAAACAGCUCAGAGCCCGUCAGUAGCAGCAGCACCUCGACAUCAGCGUGUGAGACGAUGAUUCUGUCUCUGCCCCGCCCACAUUGUCAGGACACGCCCUGCGGCACGCUCUCGACGGAUACUGCACGCAAACGCCUUUACCGCAUUGGACUCAACCUCUUCAAUGUCAAUCCAGACAAAGGCAUCCAGUUCCUGAUAUCCAGGGGCUUUAUUCCUGACACAGCCAUCGGUGUGGCUCAUUUCCUGUUGCAGAGGAAGGGUUUGAGUCGACAGAUGAUUGGAGAGUUCCUGGGUAACAGCAAGAGGCAGUUCAACAGAGAUGUGUUGGACUGUGUGGUGGAUGAGAUGGAUUUCUCCAUGCUGGAGCUGGAUGAAGCUUUGAGGAAGUUUCAGGCUCAUGUGCGAGUGCAAGGAGAAGCUCAAAAAGUCGAGAGACUCAUUGAAGCAUUCAGUCAGAGGUACUGUAUGUGCAACCCUGACGUGGUGCAGCAGUUUCAUAACCCUGACACCAUCUUCAUCCUGGCCUUCGCCAUCGUUCUGCUGAACACAGACAUGUACAGUCCCAACAUCAAACCAGAGCGCAAGAUGCUUCUGGAAGACUUCAUACGCAACCUACGAGGAGUGGACGAUGGCGCAGAUAUUCCACGAGAGAUGCUAGCUGGGAUUUACGAGCGGAUUCAGCAGAGAGAGCUGCGCUCCAACGAGGAUCAUGUGACUUACGUUACCAGAGUGGAGCAAAGCAUUCUUGGAAUGAAGACGAUACUGUCGGUUCCACACCGUAGGCUGGUGUGCUGCAGCCGACUCUAUGAGGUCACUGAUGUGAAUAAACCACAGAAGCAGGCUUCACAUCAGAGGGAGGUGUUCCUCUUCAAUGACCUGAUAGUGAUCCUCAAACUAUGCCCUAAGAAGAAGAGUGCUGCCACAUACACGUUCUGCAAGGCCAUGGGCUUACUGGGAAUGCAGUUUCAUCUGUUUGAGAAUGAGUAUUACCCUCAUGGAAUCACAAUAUUGUCUCCGUUCUCGUCGGAGAAGAAGCAGGUGGUGAGUUUCUGCUCUCAGAGCGCUGAAGAGCUGCUCAAGUUUGUAGAGGACCUGAGAGAGAGCAUCACAGAGGUGGCAGAGAUGGAACAAAUACGGAUUGAGUGGGAACUAGAAAGACAACAGGUUGUGAGAAAUCAAACUAACAAGAAUGGCACACAACUAGACAUCCACGCUGGACCUAGUUCUGCUUCAGGGGAAGAUUUUUAUGAGAAAACAGGAAGCAACACUGUAGAGGUGUCAAUUCACAACAGGCUCCAAACGUACCAACUCAGCUCUCCUCUGGCCCCAACCAGCGCUCAGCAACACCUGGCCGUCCUGCCUAGCCCCGCCCCCGGCUCCGCCCUCACCAUCUCCCCCGACACCCUGAUCCAGUGCCAGCAGAUCGUGAAGGUGAUCGUCGUGGACUCUGCUGGGCGUGGCCACGUGGAGGCGUUCCUCAGCCACAACCCCGCCCAUCGCCUCAUCCAAUCGGCCGUCUCCACGCCCACCAGGUCACGGGAGGCAGGCAAGCAGCAGCAGCAGCCGCCCCUCCCUCCCCCGCCGCCUCCUUAUCAUCACCCGCAUCAGUUUUGCCCCCCAACCCCUCCGCCUCCACGCCACCUGCUGAGCCAGCGCAGGUACUCCAGCGGGACACGCAGCCUAGUCUGAACAACACACAGAUCAGUUUACAGCUGUUAAAGGGACGGUUCACCUAAAAAGAACAUUCUGUCUUUAUUUAUUCAACCUCAUGUUGUUCCAAACCCAUAUGUGACCCUGGAUCACAAAAGCAGUCAAAAGGGUAAAUUUUUUGAAAUUGAGAUCUACCCGUCAUCUGAAUGAAAGCUGAAUAAAUAAGCUUUCCAUUGAUGUAUGGUUUGUUAGGAUAGGACAAUAUUUAGCCGAGAUACAACUAUUUGAAAAUCUGGAAUCUGAGAGUGCCAAAAAAAAAAAAAUCUAAAUGUUGAGAAAAUCGCCUUUAAAGUUAUGCAAAUAAAGCUCUUAGCCAUGCAUAUUACUAAUCAAAAAUUAAGUUUUGAUAUAUUUACGGUAGAAAAUUUACUAAAUAUCUUCAUGAUCUUUGAAAAUAUGAACAUGAUCUUUAUUUAAUAUCCUAAUGAUUUUUGGCAUAAAAGAAAAAUUGCUCAUUCUGACCCAUAUAUAAGUUUACCGGUGCUACUUAUGACUGGUUUUGUGCUCCAGGGUCACAAAAGCUAUUUUUUCAGAACACAAAACAUUUUGAAUAAUCUUUACACAGCUUUUUUCAAUACAAAGACAAUUUAUAGUUAAAAAAAACACUAUAAAAAGCACAAUUAAAUGCAGUCUGUACAAUUUAAGUCCUCUGAAGCCAUUUGUAAUUUAUGUCCAUAAAAUUUAUGUUCACUGGAAUACUAAAAUGACUUUCACAGAAACAUCAAGAUGCAUAAUUUUUAUGCAUUAAGUCUUAACUUAAUAUUUUAUUUAGUGUUGCUUCACGUACAUUUAUUUGUUUUCAUUAUUAGAUAUUUUAACUAUAAUGUAAAUAAGAAAUAGACAAAGAUACUUGUUAAGAUUAGGAUAUUUUUCAGUUUGUGAAGUGUGAACUGGCCAGUGUUAUUUUGCAUUAUUUAUAUACCAUUAUAAUGUUUAUUCAUAUUUUACAUUUGCUUUUUUAUUUUUUCAUUUUAAUUUUAGUUUGUUUUAGUAAUUUUGUUAUGUGCUUGUCAUUUUUUAAAUUUUUUUAAUUUUUAUUCUACUUAGCUUAAAUUUUGUUUUAUUUCAGUUUUAGUUUUAGUAGUAUUAGCACUUCAACUUGAACUUUAUUUCAGUUAGUUGACAAGGCAACAUUUCUACAAUUCAACAUUUCAUAUUUUAGCUAAGCUAAGCAAGUUUAUCUAAUAUUUACAUUUUAUUUUUUCAACUUGAUUCCUGAUUUUUCAUUUGAACUGUUACUGCAUGGAAAACAGCUGUAUAAACAUUCUUCAAACAUUCUAUUUUUUUAGUUCUGUGGAAAAAAAACCAGCAUAUGGAUGUAAAACAACAUGAAGGUGAAUAAACCAUGACAGAAUUUUCAUGUUUACGUUAACCAUUGCUUUAAAACUAAACUAUCAUGUACACUCUUUCUGAAGACACAAAACAGCACAAGCAGCCUGAUCUGAACUGUUAGGCUCACGUCGCUCAAAAGAAGCUACACUUAGAAUUGUUAGGUCCUCGUGGCCUUAAAGUGUGUAUUUAAAGUGAGUAGAUGUAUAGUAUUUUUUUAAGAGGGAUUUUUUUUUUCUCAGAUCUUUUCUUGUGUGCUCACCAUGUCCCCGUAUUCAAAUGAAAUGUUUAUAUAUUUUGAUUUCUCCUUAAAUGCCCAUUUCGUGUGUUGCCCCGACCUGAACCAGAAUAGACGGAUGUAGUGUAGAGGGAGUGCUGCGAAGAUGAACCACCAUAAAAUAAUGUUUGAAAUUAUAUAAAUGUUCACAUUGUGUUUUGUAUGGAAAUAGAAAAUCACCACCCUCUUUCAAAGGUCUUACCUGUUAAAGCCUGAAAACGAAAUCAAAUCCCAGUAUCUGGAUAUAAAUCGGACCUCGCAGCAUUUCUGAAAACAAAUGCAAAAGUAAAAUAACUAGGUUAGAAAAGAGAACACCCCCUUGAGUUGGUUUAGAUGCAGCAAAUAACAAUUUCCACCCAUAAGUCACUGCAGUACGCAUCCUGAACUAAACAAAAGUAACCAACUAUAUCAGGAGGCGGAUCAUGUGACAUCUACUGCACAUUCGCAUAAAUUAAGCUCAACUUUGCUCUUUAUUCAAAUUGAUCCAACUCCUACUGAAAAUGAAUGACUUUAGUGCUGCAAAUCAAAUCAUCUUUUAGGGAAUUAUUCCAGCGCUGUUGUGAAUCAUUUUGGAAGAGAUUUAGGUCAGGACGUGGCCACUAAAGAAUUUCUAACUUCCAAGAUAAAAGUAGCAGAUUUUGUCUGUAUUUGGCAUCAUCUACUUACUUACUUAUCCUGUCAAGAGCCCGAGUGUCAGCUGCUGAGAAAUUUAGGACGCUGCCAUCCUGUGUGGAGGAAGCGCUUGAUCUUGAGAGCUGUGCACCUUGUUCCUAAUGAGGGUGUUGACUGAGCUCCAUAAACCCUUUAAAACGUUUGGAUAACCGGCUUCUGACUUGUGCCUUCUCAUAAAAGAAUCCUAAUGUCCUUUAAAAAGCACAUUUUGGCCCAAUGUGAAUUGCUAAUCUGUGCUGUAACCCAUUUCCAUAUAGUACUUGCUAGAAAUAGGAGAUUUCCUGUAUUUCUACUCUAAUUUCAAUUUCAUUAUUGUCCACAAAUUCUGAUUGGUUAAACCUAACUGGGGUUUCUACUUAACAAAAUGUUUAUAUAAUAAUAACUUUUAUUGACAGCAUUAACAAACAUUUUCUAGCAUCCUGCAUUCAUUUUCAUUCACAUAGUCAGAAACUUUUCAUUUGAUUGAUAUAUUUUCACAUACAUUCACACUGAAUGUACAUCAAGUAUUGAUCUGUUAAUAUUUGUAAAUGAGUAAAAAUGAAAGGAACAGUUCACCCAAAAAGGAAAAUUUGCUUAAAAUAUACUCACCCCGCGGACAUCCAAGAUGUAGAUGAGUUUGUUUCAUCAUCAGAACAGAUUUGGAGAAAUUUAACAUUACAUCACUUGCUCACCAAUGGAUCCUCUGCAGUGAAUGGGUGCCGUCAAAAUGAGAAUCCAAACAGCUGAUAAAAACAUCACAAUCCACACCACUCCAGUCCAUCAGUUAACAUCUUGUGAAGUAAGCUGUGUGUUUGUAGGAAACAAACCCAUCAUUAAGGUAUAUAAUAUUGAUUUCUCCAAAGAAGUUCUCGUCUGAAUCAGGAGAGAAAUAUGCACAGAUCAAGCACUGUUUACAAGUGUAAACAGUCCAAAAGAGUUCUAAACAAUUGUGUAGGUGGAUUUUUGAUGUUAGAAGAUUUUUAACUUGUAUUUUGGCCAGAAGUUUAAAGUUAAAAAGCCUUAAUCGAAAUCUAAAGCCUUUUCUAAAUCUGUUCUGACGAAGAAACAAACUCAUCUACAUCUUGGAUGGCCUGACGGUGAAUAUGAAAUUUUUGGGUGAACUAUUCUUUUAAAGUUUUAAUGUAAUUAAAGUGUUUGCAAAUUUUUUUCUUACUUUGCUAAAGCUUUUUCUUUAAAAUAACUUUUUACAGCAACAAACAGAGAAUUUUGAAAGAGGGUGGUGAGAUAGUUUACCGAGCCAGGGGUCGGCUUUAACCCAGUUUAUCAUCCUGAAUCAAUCUUUUUAUUGUGUCCGGUCCUAUAGAGCGACUCUGUAGCGCGUUACUGUGAUCAAGCCUGGUGCUCAGGUAGCUUCAUGUGAAAACCAGGUGCACAUCAAACCUCUGAGAAAAUAUCAAAUGUUGUAUACUACAAGGCUAUGACUGAUAAAUUGUAUAUUUUUAAAAAGAUAUCACUUAAAAUGUUUAUUAAACUAUUAUGUUAAAAUCUUUGGGGGGGGAAAGCAUUUGUGUUUUAAAAUGAUCUGAUGGAUUAUGUUUGUGUUUGCCACUUAGAAUUCAUGUUUUCUGUACUGCAUGUCAUAAGAGAUUCAUGUUUAUGUGCAGAUAUCUAUAAAGAGCUUUUAUCAGGAGUUUAUCUCAGAUGUACAACACUAAUAUUUAUGUUUCUAUUUUCUUCGUUCAGUUUUGAAUCACAAAACUAGUUUUUAAUUCCAUGUAUCUACAUAUCUGUUUUUUUCCAAGGCAUUAUUGGAAAUGAUGUCAUUUUGUGCUUAGACACAGAAAUUACAGAAAAGCAGCAAAAAAUGUAUUUAUAAAUCUAUUUAUUCAUACAGAGUAGGAGAAUGAAAAGCUUUAUUGUAUAGUUUGCACAGCUGUUUAUUCUUUAAGAUGCGCUGAUUAAAUAGUCUUUUCUUUGUGCACACCUGCUCUGACAUGUUGAUGGGACCGUUCAAUUCACGUACGCUUCUCUACCACGCUCCACGUCGAGCCAGAAGCUGUUUAUUUGCUAGAUUAAAUUAGUACGUAGCGACAUAUUUGUUUCCAAGAACAUAGCGACACAUUUAAUCCCAGCAAGGGGCCGUAUUCUGACUGUGAAGUUGUGAAACUGCACUGCAUUUUUGCGAAAAUGCACCAUAAACUCCAUCCUUGAGUCCAUGCUUUCAGUCUAACACGAACUUCUUGACUUCAGUUUCAAACUCACAGAAGUUCAUUUUAAAAAACAGAAGCUAAAAGUAUCUGUCUGAAAAGAAAAUGCUGAAUUUCAUGUAUAAUUUCUCAAAAUAUGGCCUUGUGAUGGUCAAAGCAAUGGUCCCAUCUAAUAGGUUUUUACGAUCUAUAUUUGUAUUGAGCACUAUUAUGAAGUUUUAUAUAGUGUAAAGACACUUGAUACGUUCACAUUCAUAUCCUGUAUAUGCAAUGUCACUUAAUCAUAUCUCAACAAUCAUUAAACGUGCAGAAAAUAGAA